AUGGAGAAGUUUCCGCUGAAGGGCAGCAGGGAGGCCGCCGCGGAGGGCAACAGCUACAUAACCGCCUACCAAACGGUCAUGAAAAAGUCGAACGGCCACACAAACGGAGCCGGCGGCGACGGCGACCUAGACGGAACUUUUCGUGACCAUCCGCUGGCGCAGCACACCAAACUGACCACAUCGCUGACGGCGGCGGGCACCGACGACGAGGAUAUGAUCGACAUCACACCGCGCUCCAGUCCGGGCGAUGUGAUCGGCGGCGGCGGAGGAGGAAGCAGCAGUGGCUAUCACCGAGAAACGGCCACCGAAUCGGACACCGAACGAGAUUUCGGACACUCUGGCGGCAACGGCGGCGGCAAUCACCACAAUCAGCGGACAAUGCACCAGCAUGUGCCAACUCACAGUGCCUUCGGCGAACCCAUGGACGGAGCACUAUCCUUCUAUGGUUCCUCGGACGUGCAAGAUGAUAUUCCUGGCAUUGGGCAGUACGAAGAUUUUCACACCAUUGAUUGGCAGCGGGACAUUGCCCGUGAUCGUAUGCGACAUCGCUACAUAGUCAAGAAGCGACAGGACUCCUUGUGGGAUCUGAUAAAGGGUUCCAUUGAUGCCGGAUCUGGCUGGCUAUGUGUUUUACUCGUCGGAAUCGCCGCAGGCUGUGUGGCCGGCAUGGUGGACAUUGGAGCUAGUUGGAUGUCGGAUCUAAAGCAUGGCAUUUGUCCACCCGCCUUUUGGUUUAACAGGGAACAAUGCUGCUAUCCGGCCAAACAGUCAGUGUUUGAAGAAGGCAACUGCUCGACGUGGAAAACCUGGCCAGAGAUCUUUGGUUUGGAUCGAAAUGGCACCGGACCAUAUAUCGUCGCUUACAUCUGGUAUGUGCUGUGGGCUUUGCUAUUUGCUUCGCUCAGCGCCUCCCUUGUGCGAAUGUUUGCGCCCUACGCCUGCGGAUCUGGUAUUCCCGAGAUAAAGACCAUCUUGUCGGGCUUCAUUAUACGCGGCUACCUCGGAAAAUGGACGCUGCUGAUCAAAUCGGUUGGUCUGAUGCUGUCUGUGUCCGCUGGCCUCACUUUGGGCAAGGAAGGACCCAUGGUCCAUAUUGCCAGUUGUAUUGGAAACAUAUUCUCACACGUUUUCCCAAAAUAUGGUCGAAAUGAGGCCAAAAAGCGUGAGAUUCUUUCGGCAGCAGCAGCGGCAGGCGUCUCGGUGGCCUUCGGAGCACCAAUCGGUGGAGUUCUCUUUUCGCUGGAGGAAGUGUCAUACUAUUUUCCAUUGAAGACAUUGUGGCGCUCAUUCUUUUGUGCAUUGAUUGCCGCAUUCGUUUUGCGAUCACUGACUCCGUUUGGCAACGAGCAUUCCGUGCUAUUUUUCGUGGAGUACAACAAGCCCUGGAUCUUUUUUGAACUUAUUCCUUUUGUUUUCCUCGGAAUUAUGGGGGGUGUUAUUGGCACGUUCUUCAUCAAGGCCAAUUUGUGGUGGUGCCGCUACAGGAAGUUCAGCAAGCUCGGCCAGUAUCCAGUUAUGGAAGUGCUCUUCGUUACCCUGGUCACUGCCAUCAUUUGCUACCCCAAUCCAUUUACCCGAAUGAACAUGAACGAGCUGAUAUUCUUAUUGGUUAGCAAGUGCUCACCCGGAGAUGUCACCAAUCCGUUGUGUGAUUACAAGCGCAUGAACAUUACAUCGGGCAACAGUUUCAUUGAAGUUACGGAACCAGGUCCCGGUGUAUACAGCUCCAUUUGGCUGCUUAUGCUUACCUUUAUCCUUAAACUGGCCCUGACCAUCUUUACCUUUGGCAUGAAAGUGCCCGCUGGUCUGUUUAUUCCGUCCCUGCUGCUGGGUGCCAUCAUGGGCCGCAUUGUUGGAAUCGGUGUGGAGCAGUUUGCCUACAGCUAUCCCAAUAUUUGGUUCUUUACCGGCGAGUGUGCGGACAGCAAUCUUAUCACACCCGGACUGUAUGCGGUUGUAGGAGCAGCAGCUGUGCUGGGAGGUGUCACUCGAAUGACCGUCUCCCUGGUAGUGAUCAUGUUCGAGCUGACAGGCGGAGUGAGGUAUAUUGUGCCCCUGAUGGCUGCUGCCAUGGCCUCCAAGUGGGUAGGUGAUGCUCUCGGCAGGCAAGGUAUCUACGAUGCGCACAUAGCGCUGAAUGGUUAUCCGUUCCUAGAUAGCAAAGAAGAGUUUGCGCAUACAACACUGGCCGCAGAUGUGAUGCAACCAAAGCGGAAUGAAACCUUGAAUGUCAUUACCCAAGACUCCAUGACGGUGGACGAUGUGGAGAACCUUCUUAAAGAAACGGAACACAAUGGCUACCCGGUGGUGGUGUCGCGGGAGAAUCAAUAUUUAGUGGGCUUUGUGUUACGCAGAGAUCUCAACUUGGCCAUAGGCAAUGCCAAGCGUCUGAUCGAGGGCAUUAGCAGCAGCUCCAUCGUAUUAUUCACAUCAUCCCAGCCCAUUCAAAAUCUGGGACCGCAGCCGCUGAAGCUGAAAAAGAUCCUUGAUAUGGCACCGAUCACAGUUACAGAUCAAACGCCAAUGGAGACGGUAGUGGACAUGUUCCGAAAGCUGGGACUGCGCCAGACAUUGGUAACACACAACGGUCGUCUACUGGGCGUAAUUACCAAGAAAGAUGUGCUGCGCCAUGUGAAGCAGAUGGAUAACGAAGACCCCAAUACGGUGCUCUUCAACUGAAUUUAUCAGCCAAUCAGAAGUUGGGCGAGCGCUGCUUCUAGUUAUUAUUAUGUGAACUAUGUGCAAAAUGCAGAUUGCAAUCUAAGCUUAAGUGAAAAGUUGAACGAGUGGAUGCAAAGUGGACUGAAAUGGAUUAGAGUGGAAUCGCGUGAUUAGAACAGAUAGGAUCGGACGUUCGGACGUGAGAGAUUUAGCAAAAUUGUGUGCAGUUCUAUUAUAUAUUUAUAUAUCGCAUAUAUCUCGUUAAUGUUAAUUAUAUAAUUUAUUUUACUGUAGGCAAAUGGUUAUAAAAGAUUAGUGUAUUCAUUUA